GGCACCUAGAAGUGCCUCGCUGGGCGGCGAUUCUAUCGUUUUAACCGCUUGCAAACAGAAGCUUGCUUUUGCUAGAUAAGCUGCUGCCUCCAAAUCUAUGGCUUAACUUCAGAGACGCCACACGGGCAUGUAUGAUGUAUUUUGAUAUGGAAAUAAGAGGACUGAAAGCGUUGUUAGUUGCUGGCAGUCCCUCAAGGAUGCUAAAAUUACUGGCUGCAAACUUUAAAAAAAUGUCAUCAAAUGCAAACGAUGAGGUCCUCAAAGAGAAGCGUAGCAAAAUCAUGGCUAGAGGACUUCCAAAGCAAAAACCGAUUCAAGGAGUUAAGCAGGUGUUGGUUGUAGCUUCUGGAAAAGGAGGUGUUGGGAAGUCAACAACUGCUGUAAAUGUAGCCCUUGCACUGGCAGCAAAUGAUUCGACAAAAGCAGUUGGUUUGCUUGAUGCAGAUGUGUAUGGGCCUUCCAUCCCAAAGAUGAUGAAUUUGAAAGGAAGUCCAGAAGUGACACCAAAAAACUUAAUGAGGCCUCUUGUGAACUAUGGAAUUGCAUGUAUGUCCAUAGGUUUCUUGGUAGAAGAGACUGCACCAAUUGUCUGGAGAGGCCCCAUGGUAAUGUCAGCCAUUGAGAAGCUGUUGAGACAGGUUGACUGGCACCAGCUGGAUUAUCUAGUAAUUGACAUGCCACCUGGGACAGGAGAUGUACAACUGUCAAUCUCACAGAAUAUCCCAAUUGCAGGGGCUGUGAUGGUGUCCACUCCUCAGGAUAUCGCUUUACUGGAUGCACGCAAAGGAACGGAGAUGUUCAAAAAAGUGAAUGUGCCGGUCUUGGGGCUUGUUCAAAACAUGAGCCUUUUCCGGUGCCCAAAAUGCAAACACGAAACCCACAUUUUUGGAACUGAUGGUGUGAGGAAUCUAGCCUGUGAUCUUGGUCUGGAUGUUUUAGGUGACAUUCCUCUACAUGUCCACAUAAGAGAAACAUCUGAUGCUGGCAAGCCUAUUGUGGUCUCACAGCCCCAGAGUGACGUGGCCCAAGCCUAUCUGAAGAUUGCUGCUGAAAUAGUGAAAAGACUGCCAGUUUCUCCAACUUAAAGCCAUAUUUUUGAGGUUCUGUGACUAGAACUCUACCAUUUGAAGUGUGACAGAAGAAAUGAUAUAUUAUGGAACAUGCCUUAUUUUUUAUUUUGUCUUGGAAAAUUAAAUGUCAGUACCAACUUA